AUGGAAAAGGUCAUCUCUUUGAUUUCUGACAUGCAAGCCGCCAGUGAUCGCACAGUCCGAGGCAUCCAAGUCUUCCGGGCCUUGCAGCAGGCGCCCAGGUAUUUCUUGCGGCGCGAUCUGGACCACCUCCAUGCUCUUAGUCAUGCUGUGCAUCAGCUUGAUGAGUUCUGGUCCCAUAGUUGGAAGGCAAUGGCAUGGCUGAAGUACAUCGACAUGCUCUAUCUGCACAAUGGGCUGCCAGCUCUCGUGACGGGAAUGCUCAGUGCCAUUCUUGGUGGAGCACUCUUCUGGGCUGGAGUUUUCCCAGCAUGGGAGGAUGGGUGUGGAGUUGGUGCCCACUACCUGACACUGGUGAUGUGGCAGCGGCGGCAGGUUGCAUUCCUCGACGUUGUGUGCAUCAACCAGCUUGACAUGAAGUUGAAAAUGGAAGGCAUCCUAAGCAUUGGUGCGAGACCUAUGACCAUGACCGGUGGGGCCACUGAUGAGGUUGAGCCGCCUCCCAGACGGGUGUCCUUUGAUGCAGGGGGUGGCAAUGCCACCCAGAUCGACAGUGAUGGGUUUCAGACUGUUCGCCGCCGGGGGCGCCAGAAGCCAGAUCCGCCAGAGCCGGGUCCUACCAAAGGCGGCGGAAAGGCCAACAGCUAUGCGGCUGUGGUGAGCGGGGCGGGCGCUUCUCCUGGCAAAGGGAAGGGCAAAGGCGCUCCACAGACACCCAAAGGACAGGGAAAGUCUGCGAAGACUUCCACGGUUGCGCCCGCUCGCCCUCAGCUUCGUGACCGUGACUGGAAUGGCGCAAUCUUUUCCUACGACAAGGCAGCUUCACAGCUGAACAGUUUGAACGGCUCCGUGUUAGUUCAAGUGCGGGAUGCGGAACAGGCCGAUGCAUUGAUGAUGAUGCUUACAGGUGCGGGUGCCAAGUGCUCAGCCAGAUUGGUCUGGGCAGACUCCGAGGGCAAGCUCAAGCUCCCCAUUGUUGGGGAGGGCAAGGACGGCAACGAUGUUCGCAUUCAUCAUUUUGCUUAUAUCGAUUUCCUUACGCCCGGCACGCCAUUGCCCACGUUGAAGCAUGCGCCUGCUGCUGCCAAGGCCGUUCCCACAGGCGAAGCCACGACUACCAUGCGCAUCGUCUUCGGCAAGCCUUUCUUGGAAACCGCAGAUUGGGACAGGGCCUCUUCGGCUCCGAAGGCUGCCGUCCAGAGAUGGGUGCGGGGCACUUUGAAGAGUGAUCUGCAUGGGGUUGUCAAGGACGCUUGGGGCUUCGCCCAGGAGACUCGCUUGGGCUCCCCGGCUGUGGUGGGCUUGGUUCGUGUUCCGGUCAAGACGGUGGAGACGCUCCUCAGCUUCUCGGGCGUCAAUGGCACCUUCUUGGAGCCUGCUGGGCGAGACCACAACGUUGACUGCGCCGUUCAGUGGUUCGAUACUGAGGCGAAAGAGUCCUGGCCGGAGGCUCUCAAGCGAUCGCUUGAGGCCGCUCCUCGCUUUGGCGCCUUCAUUGGCAAGCGCCAGAUCGGCUUGCGCACUGAGGCAAGUGCGAGCUCUGGCAAAGGCUUUGUGCGCUACUUUUCGCUGCAAGGCACACCUGUUGAGUGGAGCGAUGGCUUGGUCUCCAUGCUUGUCCAGGAGCAGGAGGGCAUUGAAGAGGCGGCAGUCAUCAGAAAGACAUUGAGGAAAGGCGAGGGCGAGACUAGCUACUGGAUGCUCGCUUCGAGACCUGGGUUUACGAGGGCUACCAAACCCAUUAUCGACCGGAAGCCCUUCAUCUUCAGCAAGGCGCCGCUUGUACAGCAGGGCAACAAGCCGGAGUCAAAGCAGGGCGAGGGUGGCUCUGAGGAGCCCCCCAACAAGAAGCAGGCUCUUUCGGAGAAGUUGCGCAGCAUCCCCGAUGGUGUCAAGUUGCAGGCCGUUGACGGAGACGGCAAUUGCUUUUAUGCUGUCAUCGGUCAGGCCCUGGGGAGGCUCCGCAACGAGCCCGCCUUGCCUGCCAACCGUGUCCGUGCUGAGAUUUAUGCGCAUAUGCGCAAACACCAGUCGUCGUAUGAGCCAUUUUGGAGUGGGCAGGAUUCUGUAGGCAAGGAAAUGGACAGCUUUGCCGAGUACAUUGAUCACAUGUCUGAGAACGGACGAUGGGCAGGCAGCCUUGAAGCCUACGGGGCCUCCAAGGCUUACAAAGUUGCGGUUCAUAUCAUCCCAGCGCCGAUGCGGCUUGCUAAGGCUGCAUACAACACCAGCGCUCGUGAUCGCAUCGCUCUUUGGUUUACUGAGAACCCAGGGCAUUUCGAUUGGUUGUGCCCCGUUGAAGGCAAUACCUUGCCUGACGCGCUGUGCAUGGGCCACGCUGAGGGCCACGUCACCGACUUUCCUCGUGGCGGCGGUUCCCAGGGUGCUGGUGGCGACGACUUCUCCGAGAAGACGGUCUUCACCGAGGUGGUCGUGGCAAAGCAGGAGGCGGCGGAGUCCACUGUCUUUACGCACGUUCCGACGAGGAGGGCGCAGUGUUCGGGCGAGGCGCGUGCUUCUGGCAGUGGCGAAGUGAGCAGGGAAGCUUCGGAAGCUACGUGCUUCACCGCGAGGCCGAAAGACAUCCGCAGCUACCUGUUUGCAGCGAGGAAGGCGGGCACUGAGGCUUUGACAGGGCAGCGGACGACGGCUACCUCUUCCCUGGGCUCCACCACCGAGGAGCAAGCUGCCGUAGAGGAGGUGCCUGAGCCUCCGGAGCCUGUGGCGCCGCAAGGGCGCAAGCGGUGUGUGAAGUCUGCGCGCUCCGGCUGGAAGUGCCCGGAGUGUGGUUGGAAGGCUACGGGCAGGCUUUGGGUGCAGCGAAAGCAAGCCCACGUGGACAACUACCACCCUGACCUCAAGGCGGAACUCAACCUGAAGACGGCGGCGCUGUGUGUGGUCCCUUACAACCAAGCAACCUGCUGUUGGAAGUGUCCAGUCGAUGGAUGCGACAUGGGCUUGCCGGCUACAGAAGCUUCCAAGGACGCGAGGAGGCUGGCCCGACUGCGACACAGAGAGGAGACUCACCCGGAGGCCCCUAAAGCCCUUUUCCGCCUGGCACGAGACAGGGCCGCAAACGCUCGGAAGGCUACGACUGCCAAGCUCAGUGCAGGGGUUGCUCGGCGUCUUCACCAAGUUCGCGCUGGCAAGGCUGGAGAGCACGACGUCGUGUUCGUGAAGCUGCCGCCGACGAGGGGGACCAAGAAGGGCAAGACGAGGAGGGCUGUGACGCAAGUCGUGUGCACGCGGUGCAAACGCCUGGCUUCUACGGUGGUUGCGCUUGGUGGUUUUUCGUGCAAGGCGCACACUGCUGGUGCGAAGCGCCCCGCUCUUCUCAAGCGGCUGCGAACGACGCUGGAGGAGGGCUCACUCGACGAGGGCGUGCAGUCCGACGUCCGCUACCUUUUGAAGUUGCUGGAGGAGACGGACGAGGGUCCGCUUUGUCUGCAAGACGUGUGGCGGCUCUUGGACCGGCAGCGCGACGUGGAGGGCAAGGACUGCAAGCCGAGCAAGCGGCGAGCCAUCCGGGCCAAGGUUGCGGAGCUCAAGGGCAUCCAGAAGGACGGGGGCAUUGCGGGCGAUGCGGCAACGACGGUCUUGAAGUUGAUCGGCGAGAACGGAGGGGGCACGGCGGAGGACCAAGCUGCUGUCGACGAGCUGGCGAGGGGAUUGGGGCAACAUGCCUGA